AUGCCUUCCCGCCGCAUCCACUUCACUCCACCUGUGAAUGAAACUUGGCCUGAUCCUGUUGCAACAACAGGCGAGUCCCAUUCACUUCAGAUGCAAGAAGCUCAUCAAGAAUGGUGGGGUAAUUUUGUUCCCAUAGCCGAUUGGGUGCCACCGAAAAUGAACAAAUCCAAAUUUGAUGGAAUGAAAAUACAAAAGUAUCACAUUUCACCUGAGAUAGACGAACCAGGAGACCCUGAAUGCCCAUAUGAUAGGGCAUUUGCCGGUGCAAAUGAUACCGUCGGUGAACUCACAGCCAUGUUUCAAAAUGAAUGGGUCAGCAAUAGACGAGCUGCCACUCCUGCCAAUGCCGACGUCAAUAUGGAUGUGAGCUAUGACCUCAGGUGGGAUACUGCACCCGAAGCGGGCAUUGAUUCAGGUGAGACCACUGGACAGUCUGUUGGAGUCGACCCCGAGGCCAGUUAUGACCUUGGGUGGGAUUCUGCACCCGAUGCAGGUGACUUACAUCCUGGUGAGACGCCCAGAGAGUCUGUAGAAGUCGACCUUGAGGCCACUUAUGACCUUGGGUGGGAUGGAGCACCCGCUUUGCCUUCUGAUUUACCAUCCGAAACCACGGAACCAUCAAACUCUAUCGACAUUGAUGAUGAAUAUGACCUUGGGUGGGAUGGAGCACCCGCUUUGCAUUCUGAUUCACCACCCGAGAUCAUGGAACCAUUGAUAGACUCUAUCGACAUCGACAAUGAAUAUGAUCUCGGGUGGGGUGAUGCUGUUGAUGAUGGCCAUCAAAGCUGCAACCCUAUAGACAUCGAUGAGGCUUAUGACCUCGGGUGGAACAACUCUGCUUCCAUGGAGCAAGCCAAAGAGCAGCAGGUGGAAUAUUGUUUAAGUCCACUGACAUCCGGCUCCGACCUCCGUGCAGGCGACGAGGAUGCAAAUGCAUCUGUGGCAUCCAUAACUUCUGUUUCACGGCCGGAACCAUCUAAUUCUACACCCGAUGCCAUUCUGCAUGCGGAAGCAGCUAUGAUGCAGGCUAUCCGGAGGUUGAAUGCUUUGGGUCAUACAGAUGAUGAUCAACAAAUGCACGUCAUAAUGCAGACGGCCAUUCAAGGUCUCGCACCAUCCCAUGGUCCCUCGAGAGUGAGGAGAGCCAAUUCCCGGUUGUUCGGGGCAUACAGCGAGGCGAGAAAUUGGGUGACCGAGUUGGGAGAGGAUAUUCUCUCGAUCACCCGGUUAAUACAUAUGUACAAUGCUAUAAUGGAUCCGCUGGAUGUUUUAGUGAAGGACCUUAAAAGAGUAGACAGGGAGCAGUAA